AUGGUUACCGAGACCUUUCUGCGCAAGGCUUUGUUUGCGCGCUGCGCGAUUGACCUCUGCGGCAAGAAGAUACUUCCGAAGGAUGCCUUUGUCGCUCUUUUGACACAAGGGAAGCUGACCCCAUCACAGUUUCAGAUGACAGACGCCGAGGCGGUGAAGUACAUAGACACUCUCAAACGCGCGAAGAUGAUUGUGGAGGUGGAUGAUUACGUGUACACUGACGUCAAGGCUGUCGUCGAUGCGGUGCAUCUGAAAAGUGGGCUCCCUCUUGUACCGGCAACAAGCAAAACAUUCGGGAAUUUGUACCACGCGCUAUCUGAAUCUCUUGGCGCAUUCCAUAGGCAAAGUUUACCAGCGGCGGAGAAGGCGGUGCGCCGCGAGAGAGAGUUCUGGGCGUUCACAGCACUCGGCAGCGGUACUCAGAUGCUAGUGCUAGCGUACCUGACGUUCCAGGUGUACGGGUGGGAUGUGAUGGAGCCAGUCACCUUUUUUGUUACGACUGCAACGGCGCUGUGCUCAUACGCCUACUUUCUCUACUUUCGCACUGAGCACUCAUACGAAAGUGUCGACGACAGUUUUCUGCCACACCUCCUCAUGCGAGAACUUGGCAUACUGCGUGUGGACGCCGACAAGGCGAUACGUGAGAUGAAAGCCAUGCAGGAGCUGCAGGCUGUCGUGUCACUUGACGAUGAGCGCGUUUCAAAGCUGGUUGAGGCGGCUGUGAAGAAAAAGAGCACUUGCGCAUGCCAAUCCUGA